AAUGGUGGGCGCGUGAUUUUGAACAAAUACAGGAUGCCAGCUCCAGAUACAGGCGGAACAAAGCCCCCAGGAGGUGCAAGAGCCGUAGUGGAAACCCUGGGAUUGGAUGCUGGAGCCCUAGGUGAUGGAGACCUCAGUGCUCUCACUUUGCCAAACAGUAGUGAUCAAUUUACAUCAUCAGAGCUGGAGACAUUAGUCAACAUUCAGGCAGAACUGGACCGUCUUAACUCAACAGUUGGAGUUGAGGGGACAUUAGGGGAGGAAUUGGAAGGUGGUGGAGACGGGUUAACCGCAGGUGAAACUGUUGAGUCUGUGGUUACUGUUGUGAGUGAUGACCAUGGGCAAUGUGAUGUGGCACAUUCACCAGAAGCAAUCUUGCCAGAAAUUAUGGAGGAGACGACAACGAUGGAAGACAUGGACAUGCAUGAGAUUGGAAUGUCUACACCAUCCCCAGAAGCAGUGGAUCCAUUACAACAGCAAGAAACUUCAACUAAUCAGUUUACAUCAGUCACUAAUAAUCUCACAUUUACAUCAUCAACAGUGACUUCAAAAACUACAGGUUCUUCAAUCGUUGUAAUACAGUCUCCUGUUGCCUCAAGUGCCAGUGUUACCGCUUCAGGUUUGAAUCCUACUCAUGUCACAGUCAGUGGUGGGCAACUUAUGGGAAAGAUUUCACGAAUGUCUGGGAAUGUUGCCAUUAGUUCGGUGCCUCAGUUUCAGUCUCUAGGUCAAACGUUAGUUACAGCCAAGUCAGCGGAUGGAAACAUUGUUCAGUUGCGCCCAGCUAAUCUCAACAGGCCAGUUAUUGCAACAAGUACAGCUGGCAAUCUUACAACUGCAAAUCUUCAAGGAAUCAAGCCUCUACAAACCACCACAAAGCGUCCAGCUACUGGAACAGCAGGGCAGAUGAGAAAUGUCUUUGCAAAAGUAAUUAUUACUGGGAAUCAGCAGGGUCAGCAGGGACAGCCCAUCAUGCUGGCAGCAUCCCAAGCUGCAGAUACAUUUUGCAGUGGUCAGCCAAUUAAGAUCAUCAGUGGUGGAACUGGCCAAAGUAAUGUUUCUCUUCUAAGUAGCCCAACAAAGGCAAUCACAUUAGCUCAAGCUCAACAAAUGGGUCUUCUAUCACCAACCAAACUUCAACAGAUUUUACCAUCAUCUCCAGCCAAACAAAGUAUUAUUGUAAACAAACUCAUGUCUUCUCCUGUGAAGUCACCAACAAAAAUAAUGAUGCCUGCCUCAUCUGUUGUGAAAUCUCCUACAAAGAUACUUCCAGCUCCUGUGAGUGGUGUGACACAGCUGAAGUCAGCAGUUUCUAUAGCAUCAGCUAUAGGUGGAAUCGGUGGGACUGUUACUACAACUGUGAAGCCAGUGCUCAGUCCUCAGAAAGUCAUUAUUCGACAGGGUUCUUUGAAACCGGGUACAAUUUUGACAUCAUCGUCUGCAACUGGGCAGGUGAUAAGAAUACCAGCCACUCAGAAUGCAGUGGGAACUUCUGGCAGUAUAGCUCAGCUUCAGAUACCAGGUGGAAGACAGUUACAGUAUGUGCGACUGGUAAGUUCCUCUGGAAGUAACACUUCAACGGUUAUGAGUACAGGAAAAUCUCGUACUGCAGCUGUUGUACCAGUAAGUGCUCUUAGUGGAGGCAAGCCCAUUGCUCUGGCUGCUAUGCGAACUCAACAACAAACUCUCAAAAUGGUGCCAAUAGCCCCUGCUACUCCAGCCAUUCGUACAGUUGUACCAAAGUCAGCUGGCCAAACUGGGCAGAGGAUAUUAAUCCCUGCAUCUGCACCUGUUACUCAGCUUCGCACUGGAUCAAAUGUUGCUACGUUAUCAGCUUCUGCUGUGAAUCCAAUCACAUCAGGGACCACCAUCUUACCCUCUGGUACCAGCAGUUAUGUAAUGCUUCCAGCUCAGUAUGUUCAGCAGUUACAAACUCAGAGUCAGCAGCCACAACAGCAGACUCCGCAACAGCAGCAGCAGCAGCAACAGCAGCAGCAUAGUAUCCUCAACACACACACUGUCAGUCAGUCAUCGAGUAAUAGUGCAGUGAGUGCAGAUUCACACCAUCAAUCCAGGCCAAGUGUAGUAACAAGGACAACACUAGAACCAAAUGGUAUCCGGCCGAGGAAACCGUGCAAUUGUACCAAGUCACAGUGUCUCAAAUUAUACUGUGACUGCUUUGCCAAUGGGGAAUUCUGCCACAUGUGCAAUUGCAAUAACUGUUUCAAUAAUUUGGAACAUGAGGAGGAUCGACAGAGAGCCAUCAGGUCUUGCCUUGAAAGGAAUCCCAAUGCUUUUAGGCCAAAAAUUGGCAAGGGUAUUGUAGGGGAUGAGCGACGACACAAUAAAGGUUGUAACUGCAAGCGUUCUGGCUGUCUGAAGAAUUACUGUGAAUGUUACGAGGCAAAAAUACCUUGUUCGAACAACUGUAAAUGUGUGGGUUGCCGGAAUGUGGAAGAAAGCUGUGAUAAGAAUACAUUACGAGAUUUAGCAGAAGCCGCUGAAGUGCGCGUUCAGCAGCAGACAGCUAUUAAAAACAAGCUUUCGGCACAGAUACAGGACAUUGCCUUCCGACCACCACCACCACCACCACAUAGUGGUGCAAGGCAACCAUUCAACUUCAUGACACAGGAGGUACUGGAUGCAACAUGCCUGUGUUUACUAGCACAGGCAGAGGAAGCAGAACGCAUGGAUAAUAGUGAGGAGGACGCGGAACGCUUCAUCAUUGAAGAAUUUGGAAGAUGUCUUGUACAGAUAAUAGAAUGUGCUACCAAAACAGAAGCAAAUUCAUUGCCAAUGUGAGGAGGAUUGAAUCUGAUUCUUCAGUGAAUGCCAUAUCAUCGAGAAACUUUAAAAGUACAAGAUGUUUUUUAUUUUUAUGGAAUGGAGCAUCUUUAAAUACUGUAUAGAAUUGCCACUGUGCAUAAACAUUUGUGUAAAUACUUUGCUGUUUUUAUCUACCUGAGUGAACAGUUUUUAAAUGUGCAUGGAUAGAUUUUCGUGAUGUUUCAACAUGACGGUGAUGUUACAUGGUGUACUGUAUGAGGAAGUUCUCCGGAGAAGUGGAGUGCCCAUACAGUAAAUACUUUCAUCAGUAUCAAGAGAGGUAAUUGUGCUACCAGGAAUCCUGUAGUUACAUAAAUCCAAGGAAUUGCUUUAUCAGUUGAAUAACUAGUUGCCAUAUUUUAUGGACUAUAUGACAUGCCUUUAUUGCGUAUAUUUGGAAAAACUAUUCACCAUUUUUUACACAUCACAGUGGAAGUCCUCUUGUAAUGAAAACCCCACAGUAUCAUUGGAUUAAAAAACAAGUUCCAGGAAGAUUACUCACUGACUGCCCUUUGAUAUAGCAUGAACAGCACAGAAAACAGUAUUCCCACAGAUUCUAUUGCUGCAUGUGUAUUUGUUACUGGAAGAACAUUUACCCAAGCCACUGCCUAGCAAUGAUAGGGGGAAUACACACACACACACAGGGACAGUAGGCUAACUGAAGAACUGAUGGAGGCUGUGUCUUCUCUGCAGUCCAACCCGAAGUUAUAUAAAGAGGACAACCCAAGAGUUAGAAGACCUAAUUACCAAGCCAUUGCCUAGCAAUGGCUGUCUCUAUGGAGCUUCUCUAACUGCACUGUUACCAAGCCAUUGCCUAGCAAUGGCUGUCUCUGUAAACCUUCUCUGACUGCAUUAUUCCAGCUUUCAAGUGUCAUGUCACAUGUUUAUAUGGUGUUGUCUUCUGCCUCCACAAUUCUGGCUUACAGGAGAAGGGGGGGGGGACAGCAAGGUGAUCUUAUGCUACCAGCAAUGAGUACAGCUCUUUACUCAUGAAAUACAAAUACAAAGCCACAUUGUGCUUCUUAAAAACGAACUACUCCCAAACAAGUUGCCUGGAUAUGCAGCUUGACAGUUACAAGUAUAUUCCUCUUUCAGAAUAAUUUUGGUCAUGUCUUUGUUUUCUACUAUACCUUUAGCCCAUAACACUCUUAGAUUUUAGGAAGCAUUUUCUUGGAUAAAAAGUGUCUUUUGCUCUGGAAAAUAUGGUAACUACUCAAUGAAGACCCUUUACAGUGGAAUAAAUAAUAUUAUACAUUCAGAAAUUGGUUGGAAAUACUGGAAAAUUCUGGCAUCAUAAUUAAAUCUCUGAGCUUGUAGAUCAGUUACAUUUGUGUCCUAAUGCUUUGAACUCAUGUUUUAAUAGAUCAUUUAUGAACAGUGAGCUGAAAAAAAAACACUUCUAUUAUUGAAACUAUAUUUGACACUUGGUGUUUUUGUAAUUAAAUUAAAUUACAGGACCCAAACUAAUGGUGAUAAUUCUUAAAUAGAAUAAAUACGCUGUAAUAGUCUUGUGCAAUUGCAUACAAAAUGAAUACCUAGCAAAAAUGUUUUAUAAUUUUCUCUGCUUUCAUUGUACCUUUUUAACACCACAUGCAAUGUGUUCAUAAUUCUAAAUAAGGUUUUCCUAAUUAUUGUAUGUUUGUAGUGAUGGCAAUUAGUGCUUCAGUUCACUUUGUUUGUGAUUGUGUAGCAGAGCAUUAGGUAUAUUUUAACACGAAUAGUAGAGAUUUCUUAUUAAAUUUGAAGUGCAGAAUAUGUGUAUAAAAGUGCUCUCAGUAUAAAGGUAUGUAGAUGGUGCUGUCUAGUCUUUACUUCAUGCCCUUGGCUAAUUUAAUUUUUUACUGUUAUGGGAAAUGGUAGAAGAUGCUGAGAAAUUGGGCAUAAAGUGGUUAUCACCAGGUAUUCAACAAGUAUCAUGAACCUAUUUAUUUAAAGAUUUAUAAUUGGGAAAUUUUUUGUAGUUUCAUCUUGUAAUUUUUCGUAAGUGAUGUCUUUGUGGAAGGAACCAUAAAAUAUGUGGAAAGAGGGAGAGGAAUUAAUACAACUUUGCUUUUGACCUUUUUCCUUGUUUGUACAGUACUAGUAUUCCACCUUGCACACCAUGCAUUGUGUGACCACUAUCAUGUAUUAUUUCAUAAAAAACAUCUUGAAAUAUCUUUACACAAAAUUUCCUAUUUUGAUGUUCACGCUGUCAUGGUGUGUAGCUGCUUUGUGUCGUUUUAGUGUUUUCAACACAUGCAUAGCUGUAGAAUGGAUACUGGAACAAGUUGUACAUUUUUAAGUUUAUCAUAAACUCAUGCAACAUA